AUGGAUGAAAAGACAGUGAUCUCAUCCAAGGCCGGCUCUGCGUCCGCUGUUGAAUAUGUUGACCCCAUUUACCCUCAGGACGAGGAAAAUUUUAUGACGGACGAGAUGAAAAGAAGACGCCGCAAAAUUUAUCGAAGGGUUGAUCUUCGAAUGAUUCCGAUUUUGGGUGCGCUAUAUGCGAUAAGUGGUAUCGACAGGACCAACUUAUCGGCCGCUCGCGUUGCUGGAAUGCACAAGGACUUAGAGUUCCAAUUUGGGGAACGCUAUUCGAUAGUUCUGUUGGUGUUUUUCAUCACCUACUUCCUCUUCGAGAUCCCGAGCAACAUUAUCCUCCGGUCAGUCGGAGCCGCCCGGUGGCUGUCAUUUAUUGCUCUGAGUUGGGGAGCUGUCAUCCUUGGUGAACAUUAUUUCCAGCGUCCGGCCCCAGAACACGUGCACAUGCUCGUGGUUAGACUACUUCUCGGGCUGUUUGAAGCUGGUUUCUUGAUUGCGUGGUUCUAUUCCAUUAAUAUUGUCGCCAACGCGUUUGGCUCACUGCUUGCAUAUGGCAUAAUCCGCAUGGAAGGUCUUGGCGGCCUUCGGGGCUGGAGAUGGAUCUUCGUUAUCGAGGGCUUAAUUACCUGCCUUCUUGCAAUAUUGGGCUACUUCCUUAUAAUUGACUUCCCAGAUAAAAUAGCAGGAUUUAAACGCCCCUUCCUGACUGCUGAAGAUGUUGAAGUCAUCAAAGCGGGCCUGAAUCAGGAUCGUGCAGAUGCCGAACAUGAUCCAUUUACUGGAGUGAAAGUUUUUCAAACUUUGUGUCGCUGGCAACUCUGGAUUUAUUCUUUGCUGUUCAUGUGCAUGGCCAUUGGGGUGUACGGCUAUGCGUACUUCUCCCCUGUAAUACUUCAGGGACUAGGAUAUUCUACUGGCAAAGUGUUUCUUUUAUUAGCACCACCAGCCCUGGUUAGUGUACCAGUUGCAAUCAUAGUUUCAUAUUUUGCGGACAAGACGAGAAUGCGAGCGCCCUUUAUCGCUGCCUUGGCGGUCAUGUGUACAGUCGGAUAUAUUCUCAUAGCAUAUACAAAGCAAAACGGUGUCAAGUAUUUCGGGGUAUUCCUAGGGAUAGCUGGAGCGAAUGGAUCUCUUCCCGCAAUUCUUGCAUGGCAGGCAAAUAACAUCAGAGGUCAAAGCACCAGAGCUGUAGCCUCUGGCCUUCAGGUUGCUUUUGGUGCUAUUGGCGGUAUCUACGCCUCCCUUACGUUUAUGGAGAAGGAAGCGCCGAGUUAUCCUUCUGGGCUUUGGGCAGGUGUUGCCGCCCAAUUGUUUAUAGUUGUCGCAUGCGUUUUUAUGACUGCUUUCCACUAUAUCCAGAACAAAAAGGCUGACCGUGGCGAAAUUUUAAUUGAAUCUUUGGAGGGCUUUCGGUACACCUACUAA